GCUGUCAUUGUCACUUCCGCUUGCGAACAAAAUACGGCAAAGAAAAACUGCGAGUGGCGAGUGUUUUAAGAUCACACUCAAAAAUAACAUCAAAAGUGGUAGUGGUAGUUGAAAGAGUGCCACAACUGACCGCCAGCAACAACAACACCGACGACAAACACAGACCAUCAGUCCCAAAAGCAUAAGCAGAAAAUAAUAUAGUUGCGGCUUUUGAGCAUAGCAUCGCAUAGCCAAAAAAAAAACUUGGCUGACACCUCAAAAGCGGUAGCAGUUUAUUUUUCUUCCUUUUAUUUUUGGAAGCGCGUGUUCGUCGAGUGAGGGUGCGAACAACAACGAAAAGAUGGCAGACUCUGAGAACCAACCGCAGCAGCUGCUGCCCAUCGAACAACAGCAGCCGCUGGCCGAGGAGGAACAGCAGGAGGACGAUGGCCAGCAAGGUGAAGGCAAGCCAGCUCCGCCGCCGAAGGAAAUUAUUGCGACCAAAGUGACCGGCACCGUCAAAUGGUUCAACGUGAAGAGCGGCUACGGUUUCAUCAACCGGAACGACACCAAAGAGGACGUCUUCGUGCACCAGAGCGCCAUUGCCCGCAACAACCCGAAGAAGGCUGUCCGCUCUGUCGGCGACGGUGAGGUGGUCGAGUUCGAUGUCGUUAUUGGCGAAAAGGGCAACGAGGCAGCCAAUGUUACCGGUCCUUCUGGUGAGCCUGUGCGCGGCAGCCAGUUUGCUGCGGACAAGCGUCGCAACUUCCGGCCCUGGAUGAAGAAGAACAGCCGUCGCAAGGAUGGCGAGGAGGGUGAUGAGAUGGAGUCCCCGGACCAACAGCAGCAGCAGCCCCUCGACGGACAACAGCAGCUGCAGUCCGGACCCCGCCAGCCCCGCCAGAACUAUCGUCGCGGCCCAAGCGGCCCCCCCGGCGGACCUCGCGGCGGUCCGCGUGGUGGUCCAGGUGGACCCCCUGGUGGACCCAGGCGCUACAACAACUACUACCCGCGUCAGCAGCGUCGCGGUCUGGGCGGCGGUGAUGGCAGCAGUGCCGAUCCUGGUGUUCAUGACCAGAAUCCCGAGGGCUUGCAGCGUGGCGGAGAGGGACCCCGUCGCGGUGCCGGCGGCCCCGGAGGACCCCAGAGACGCUUCUUCCGACGCAACUACAACAACGGGCCACCACCACCACGACGCGAUGGCGGGGAGUACAGUGAGUACACUGCACCAAUUCAAGGCCAGGGACCGCCGCGCCAGCAGCAGCCGCGUCCCCGUCGCCAGAAUCGGAAACCAAAUGGUCCUGGCGGUGGUCUGGAGCAGCAGCAACAGCAGCCACAGCAGAACGGCGCCCAGGAGGUGCAGAAUACAACAACAGAAAGUACUGCAUAGAUCCAGACAACAAGAAGAAAUAGAACAACACCACCAGCAGCAACAGCAGCAGCAGCAGCAACAACAUGCAACAAAAACAACUCAAAAAAAAAAACCACAACAUCAAGUGCAAGAGACACUGCAAAUAAGAGCAGCAAUAGAAUGGGCCGUAGCGUAUUUUAUAUUUGGUUUGUUUGCUUUGUUAUCCGUUUUGUAGGGAAACUUUCAUGCACACCCCCAUCCCAUACCAUACAAAAGCAAAGAGAAAUAAUUUCCAAUUCAAAUUUAAAACCCCGAAAAUGUGCAAAACAAAUUGAAGUGUAUUAUAGAAAGCAAUAAAUUCAAAUACGCCCAAAAAAUUCUCAGAAAGGUCAACAAACACUAAAAAAAAAAAACAGUUUAUUGUUUAUAGUUUAUUUUAAAUUUAAAUUAUUUUACAAAAUUUAUGUUGAACCAUUUACCUCUCACACAAGCAUACUACUCACAGCCAUUCACCCCAUCGCAAGUUGAAAACCGUUUAAUUAACAUAACUGUAACUGAAUAAAGAGAGAAAGAUAGGGAAGAAACGGGCGCGCAGCAGAGCAAAGCAAACAAGAGAAUCAUGUAAUUCAAAGCAAACUUCAUAAAGAAACUGAGAAAAGAGCAAAGCGAUAAGUCUACAUACAACAAAUGCGAAAUGGCAACAAAGAAAAGUAAAAAAAAAAACUUUAAAAACAUAUUGGAAAAAAUAAAAAAAUUGAAAAACA